AUGAUCCGCCUGGAGCCCCCCAACCCCUCCCCUCUCCUGGUCCGGGCCGACGCCCUCCGCCACUCCGGCUCCCUGUGUGACGUCGUCUUCUCCCUGGAGGGCCAGACCUUCGGGGCCCACUGCCUGGUGCUGGCCUGCACCAGCCCCACGCUGGCCCCCCGGCUCCUGCAGGGGGGCCCGGCGGACCGCCCUCUCCGCUGCACGCUGGACUUCUGCUCCCCCCGCACCUUCCAGCAGGUGCUGGACUACAGCUACGGCCAGGCCCUGGCCGUGCCCCCGGCGGACCUGGGGCCCUUGCGCACCGCCGCGGGGCUCCUGGGAAUGAGGCCCCUGGAGGAGCAGUGCCGCGGUCUCCUAGGGAGCCUGGACUACAGGGCGGCGGAGGUCAGACGGGCGCUGGAGGAGCUGGAGGAGUCGAGGGCGGGGCCCGGCCGACGGCGGGAGGGACCGCCGUGCCGAGGGGAGACGGGACGGGGGGACUCCUCUGCUGAGGGGGAGACGGGGAGGGAGGAAGAGGAGGAGAGCAGCUGCCCUCCCACGUCUUCUCCGCCGCCUCCCUCCGAUACACCUCAAGGCCAAACAAGCGUGGUUCUGUCCAGGAAGCGGGCGCUCCCGUCGUCCCCGCCGGCGGGCCCCUACGCCAGGGACAGCGUUAUCAGGGCCUCUUCGCCCUGUUCUCCGCGGGCCUCCGUCACCAGCCAUCCUGCUUGGGCCUCCGCCAACCACUGGCACCAUGUGACCCUGAGGCUGAUGGCUCAGCGCUACUCCGACCUGGUGGCCGAGCGCCAACACCCCUUCUCCCAGGGGCCUCAGUCCGGGCUCCUGGCCCAAAGGGCCCCUGACUUCGCCAAUGUUCAGUCACAACGCCCCCCUGAUCUGGAGGACCUGGUCCGACGAGACCUGAAGAGAAUGGGUGCUGCGAGCGACGGCAGUGAGUCCAGGUACUUAAAGAGAAUUCCCGGCGCUCAGCACGUCUUUGUGAACCCCCAUCAUGCAUCCCUGCUGACGGAGAGGUGUACCGCGUCCUCAGGUGAAGCCUACCAUCGCUAUAGGACCGGUGGUGAAGGAGGAGGUCUGAGUCCUCCCCAGCCCGGAGCCAAGCCAUUCCAGUGUCUACGGUGUCCCAAGAGGUUCAGUCUGAAGCACCAGCUGGAUACUCACCACAGGGUUCACACAGGUGAGAAACCGUUCGAGUGCCGCCUGUGCGGCCAGCGCUCCCGGGACUACUCGGCUAUGAUCAAACACCUGCGCACGCACGGGGGCGCGGGGCCCUACCAGUGCACCGCGUGCAGCGACUACUGCAGCAGUCUGGCGGCCAUGCAGAAGCACGUGGAGCGCCAUGCCCCCCAAGACUUCCCCCCCGACUGGACCAUCCGGCGCACCUACCUGUACACCUCACACGUCUGAAGACAGGAAGUCGCGCGGGGACUCGCGCAGGAAGUCACGCGCGGGGACUGGCGCAGGGACCCGGGGUGGGACUGGCCACGCAGAACCGUUAAAGUGUUAUUCCGGCGGAAAUUGAUCCCAGGGUCUUUGUUUUAGCAUGAAAACCAAUCAAAUAAGCCCUCCAGAUACCUUUUUCAUUGAAAGUUGAGUAUUAGAGAACUUUACCUCAAGUCUAUCCAUAGCCGCAUGCUGCACUCGUGGAAUAGCAUUCUUCUUCAAUGACACCUUCUUUGGGUUCUUUGGGUCAGCAGCUCCUUUAUGGAUGAUAAAGUCGUCCUUAUCGAAAUGAGCAUUGCAGAAACGGUGAUCCUACUGCAUCAGCACGUCUCCUGUCCAUAUUCAAAACAAUAAGCCACUGGUCUACCAGAGAUCGGUCAUUGUACCGCGAUGGCAGUCUAUGGAAAGUUUUUGGAGUGUAACUUUCCAUUUUUUUCCCGCAGCCGGGCAAAACACAAAACAUCUCUCUGUCUUGAAUUCAAGCUGUAGAUGGGUCGUCUACUCCAGUGCUUCAGCUGUCCUUCACAUUGUAGCGAACAAAUAUUUUGUAACUGUGCAUUCGGUCACUCUAUGCGUCAAUCACAUGUGCAAUGUGUCUUCUGUCAACAAUGUGCCAUGCUUUAUUGUAGCAAACAAAAAUUUUGUAACUGUAACUUACAUAUGCAAGUCCUUUCAUUUUUGUGUCAAAAACUUUCCUCCUUGAACUGAACUCUGGGGUAUUCGGUAAUCAACUUGCGUGGACUUCCUGUAAACACAGACCUACCGGUAAUGUUUGUUAAACUGUCUUUUUAAAUAAACUCUUGGUUUGCAAACUAAGUUGUUGGUGCUUUGUUUUAUGUGUAGGGACCCUAGUCAUGCUACUGCAGAGGUUUGGUGCUAUCUUUAACAAUUUUAGUGGUUCAAAAAUGCCGAUUUGGAAGCAAAACUCUAUGCCCCAAGUCAAUAACGUGAAUGCCAAACAUUGCGCCGGGCAAACUCUAAUAUUCGAUUUUCAUUGAAAAAGGUAUCUGGAGGGCUUAUUUGAUGGGUUUUCAUGCCAAAACAAAGACCCUGGGUUAAAUUUCCGCUGGAAUUACGCUUUAACUAUUGAAACCGGUAUCUACUCUUUGCACUGGUUAAACCGGGUUCUACAUUUCUGGAACCGGGGAGCAAAACCGUUGAAUCGCCAAACCAACGAACAAAUGCGGUGUUGAACUUCAUCCACCAGUAAGACCGGUUGCUGAGUUGAUUUAUGAAGCAGGAUUCAAGUUCUUUAAAGAGUGGGGAAAUGUAAUUGCUUUCAAAAAGGAAAAUCAUAUGACGGGUUUAAAAACAGAAAAGGUAGAAAUGUAAAAUACAAUUAAAGAAAUGUAUACUAAUGUUUAGCACCCGGAUUUAAUCGAUAAAUUUGUUGUGCUAUACAAAGUUGGAGGCUAUGUUUGGAAAGCCUAAUUUGGAUAAUUUUUUGGUGUGAUAUAUUUUGGAUGAUUGACAUUAGAAAGCUUAUGUUUAUUUCCCAUAAAUGAUUUGGAUAACUAUCAAACAUGAACUGCACUUAUUGGGUCCAGCAGCAAGGUAUUAGGACUAUCAGUUCAACAGCUCUCUUUGUGGUUAGGCAGCUGAUAUGAUAAGUUGCCUAAACAGGAUGUGGACAUAAUAAUAUAAUAUAAAUAUAAAACACGUUUGUUUUAUUGGUUCAUUUGUUAAAUCAACAUCUGGAUGCUACUGUAAUAUAAU